GAUUGUGUAUGAUGGAAUAGGAAUUGUAAGCUGAAUAGGAAUUUUAGGUUCAUGACCUUCUUCAACCAGCCGACAUUGUGUCCGCCUUGAAUCUGCUUAGGAAGAUGGAGCAAACCCACAUCAAACCCGGUGUUGUAAUCUAUAAUGCCAUCAUUGAUCGUCUUGGCAAAGACGGGCACCACAGCCAUGCUCAACAUCUUUUCACUGAAAUGCUUGAGAAAGGAAUUAUGCCAGAUGUUCAAACCUACAACUGUAUGAUCUACGGCUGUUGUAGCUACGGUAAAUGGAGUGAUGCCGAGCAACUGCUACGUGAUAUGAUCAAAAGAAGUGUCCACCCUAAUGUUGUAACUUUCAAUGCAUUGAUCAAUGCAUCUUUCAAAGAAGGAAAAGUCUCUGAGGCUGAAGAAUUAUACAGCGACAUGCUUCAAAGGGAUAUAUCUCCUAAUACAAUCACAUAUAAUUCAUUGAUCGAUGGAUUUUGCAAGCAUAGUCGUCUAGAUGAUGCAAAGCGCAUGUUUAAUUUGAUGGUUAGCAAGGGCUGCUCUCCCGAUAUAAUCACCGUAAAUACUCUCAUAGAUGGAUGCUGUAGGGCUAAGAGGUUAGAUGCUGGAGUGAAACUUCUCCAUGAGAUGUCUAGAUUAGGAUUAGUUCCUGAUACCGCUUCUUACAAUACUCUUAUUCAUGGGUUCUGUCAAGUUGGGGAUCUUAAUGCUGCUCAAGACCUUUUCCAGGAGAUGAUUUCUCAUGGUGUGUCCCCUAAUAUCGUGACUUGUGGCAGUUUGCUGGAUGGUUUCUGCAAUGAUGGGAAAAUAGAUAAGGCAUUGGAAUUGUUUGAGGUUAUGCAGAAGAGUAAGAUGGAUCUUGAUACUGCUAUAUAUAACAUCAUCAUCCACGGAAUGUGCAAAAGUAGUAAGGUAGACGAAGCAUGGGAUUUGUUCAAUAGUCUCCCCCUCAAUGGUGUGGAACCUAAUGUUCGAACGUAUAAUAUAAUGAUCAGCUCAUUUGUCAAUGAAGGGAACUUUUUAAGGGCUGAAGAAUUAUAUGUUGAGAUGUUGCGAAAAGGUGUAGUCCUUGAUACUUUCACCUAUACCUCAAUGGUUGAUGGGUUAUGCAAGCAGAACCGCCUAGAUGAGGCCAGACAGAUGUUUGAUUCCAUGGCUAGCAAGGGCUGCUCACCGAACUUAGUGACUUUUAAUACACUCAUUAAUGGCUACUGUAAGGCAAGAAGGGUUGAUGAGGGAUUGGAGCUUUUUUGCGAGAUGUAUCGAAGAGGAAUAGUUGCUAACACAAUUACUUACAGCACUUUGAUUCACGGGUUUUGUCAAGUGGGUGAUCUUAAUGGCGCCCUUGACAUUUUCCAGGAGAUGGUUUCUAGUGGUGUGUGUCCUAAUACCAUUACUUACAGCACUUUGAUUCAUGGGUUUUGUCAAGAGGGUGAUUUUAAUGGCGCCCUUGACAUUUUCCAGGAUAUGGUUUCUAGUGGUGUAUGUCCUAAUACAAUAACUUACAGCACUUUGAUUCAUGGGUUUUGUCAAGUGGGUUAUCUUAAUGGCGCCCGUGACAUUUUCCAGGAGAUGGUUUCUAGUGGUGUGUGUCCUCCUGAUACUAUUACUUUCCACGGUAUGCUGACAGGUUUAUUUAGUAAGGAGGAACUACAAAAAGCAAAGGCAAUGUUGGAGGAUCUGCAAAAGAGUGUGCCUGGAUCAUCAAUUGGAGGAUGAGUGAAAGAAUUGGAAGAUUCAAUGCCAUCUUCUGUAAUUCCACAUUUCUACACGCCUACUAGCUUCUGCCUUCUGCAAUUGAAAGUUCUGCUUUUAAUUAGUUCAGGAAAAGAAAACGAAAUGUCAAAAAGUAAUGUGAUAUUCUGUAAUGAUGAACUCGAUUGUUCAUUCAUUCAUGUCGAGGAAAAAAGUUUCGAGGUCACA